GCGGCGGAGCACGGGGGGCGCGCGGCCUGACCUCAGCGUCGCCGCCGGCACGCGGGACUCCGCGCAGCCAUGGAGAGCGGAGGGCGGCCCUCGCUGGGCCAGUUCCUCCUCUUGGGCACCAGCUCUGUCGUCACCGCCGUCCUGUACUCCGUGUACCGGCAGAAGGCCCAGGUCGCCCAAGAGCUCAAGGGAGCUAAAAGAAUCCACUUGGGUGAAGACUUAAAGAACAUUCUCUCGGAAGCUCCAGGAAAAUGUGUGCCUUACGCUGUUAUUGAAGGGGCUGUUCGAUCUGUUAAAGAAACGCUCAACAGCCAGUUCGUGGAAAAUUGCAAGGGCGUGAUUCAGCGGCUGACGCUGCAGGAACACAAGAUGGUGUGGAACCGGACGACCCACCUUUGGAAUGACUACUCAAAGAUCAUUCACCAGAGGACCAACACGGUGCCCUUCGACCUGGUCCCCCACGAGGACGGCGUGGCCAUGGCCGUGCGAGUGCUGAAGCCACUGGACUCCCAGGAUCUGGGCCUGGAGACCGUGUAUGAGAAGUUCCACCCCUCGGUCCAGUCCUUCACUGAUGUCAUCGGCCACUACAUCAGCGGCGAGCGGCCCAAGGGCAUCCAGGAGACCGAGGAGAUGCUCAAGGUGGGCGCCACGCUCACGGGGGUGGGCGAGCUGGUGCUGGACAGCAGCUCCGUGCGCCUGCAGCCCCCCAAGCAGGGCCUGCCGUACUUCCUCAGCAGCCAGGACUUCGACAGCCUGCUGCAGGGCCAGGAGGCCCGCGUCCGGCUCUGGAAGGUCCUGACACUGGUCUUCGGCUUCGCCACCUGCGCCGCCCUCUUCUUCAUCCUCCGCAAGCACUACCUGCAGCGCCAGGAGAGGCGGCGGCUCAGGCAGCUGGAGCAGGAGUUCCAGGAGCACGAGGCGCAGCUGCUGAGCCGCGCCAAGCCCGAGGACAGGGAGAGUCUGAAGAGCGCCUGUGUCGUGUGUCUGAGCAGCUUCAAGUCGUGUGUGUUUCUGGAGUGCGGGCACGUGUGUUCCUGCGCCGAGUGCUACCGCGCCUUGCCGGAGCCCAAGCGGUGCCCCAUCUGCAGGCAGGAGAUCGCCCGCGUGAUCCCUCUGUACAACAGCUAACCGUGCGAGGGCCCCACGGGGGGACGCGAGGGGGGACACCCCUUCUCAGGAAUUUUUGUUGUGAGGCCUUUAGGAGCGCAGUGAUGGGGGCCGCUGUUAGUCCAGCUACGACUGAGGGAGGGGACUUGGGUGGGGGGGCGUCCUAGUCCCAUGCCUCUGACACUGGGACGUUGCCUUGUUGCCGCUGUGAGAGGGGACCCUUCCUCCGCUGGCUGAGCCUCAUGCCCCUCCUCCCCCCACCGGGGGUGGAUGUGAUGGCCUUGCAUUCCUUCCUGGCACCUGUGGAGAGAGAGAGAGAGAGAGAGAGAGAGAGUGUGUGUGUGGCCUAAGGGCCCAAGCGGGCGAUCUCUAGCUCUUCUGGUCCUUUCUGGGGAGUUACUGUGGUCUGGAACCUUGAGUGACUCAGCCAGCAGGGCGGCAAGCUGGGCGCUGGGUCUGGUGUACGCCUCACCGAGCUGUGUCUGAAGAGUCGCCUUUGAGGAGACUGUCAAGUCUUUCUUUGUUUCACUUAUACCCCAGGAGAAAGGCCAGGCUGGACGUGUCACCUGUGUCCCUUUCCCCUCACCUCCUUACCUCUUAAAUGUGUGAACGUGUGUGUCAGGACAGAAGGGAGUGAAGCCUGCUGCUUGCCUAAAAGAUGGGGCUCUGGUCUGCCGGCUGAAGAGUGGCCACUUGAAGGGACAGUCGGACCGUCGCGUCGUCCCCAGUGGUGAAGAUGGCAGCUUGGCAACUGCCCUUCUGGCGUCUCCGUGACCUAAAGGGAGGGCCGUCCCAGCACACGGAGCACACCGCGCACACCGCACCCACCGCACCCACCGCCGGCCCUGACUGGGAGUCCCCGGGGCCCAAGGAGGCUGAACGCUGGCUCCGGCUUUCCCUGCCCGAGAUGAGACUGGAGGCCUCACCUCCUGCAAGAAGCAGUAGGGCCACUGCUCCCCCAGCCUCGCUCUGCCAGCCUCCCUCCCAGGCUGUCACCAAGGCAAAGGAGCCAGCCAGCACCCCGAGCACAGAGCCUUCUCCAGGGUCCUGCCUCACAUCAAGAAGUGAACGUCCCGUGGCAGAAUCGCAUUGUCCCUCCCUGGGUUGCUGUUCAUCCCCUCUCCUGCCCCCCUCUUUUUUGUGGAAAGAAGUGGGGGAACCCCCCUCACCUCCAACUAGUCAGAGGUCUUGUGCACAGCUCUCCUCUCCCUUCCCUGGCUUUGAAUAUUCAUCCCCUUUCCUCCUCUGGGGGUGGUGGGGUGCUCUUGGGGGCGGAUACCCCUUAUAUGCAGGAUCCAGUGUGGACGGCACGAAAUAAACAUGUUACAACCAA